UUCCAUCUCCAGUGCUUCAUUUCCCUCCAUUGCGAAAAACUAGGGUUUUCAGCGAGAGCUCUCGAUCGGAAACCUAAUAAUCGUUUCCAUUUCGUUUCAAUCCUUAAAUCCUUCGAAAAACCGUUCCUUGUUCCUCUCUGCAUCAUCCCGAACUCGAGGUCGAUGGUGGCGGCGGUGGUUUUGAACCGUACGUCGGCUGGUGGAGCUAAGUUAUUGAAUGUAUUUGAUCUGAUUCUGCAUUUUAGUUUCCAUUGAUUAGAGCUAUUAGAGGCUGCGGUUUGGGUUUUGAGUGUCUUUAAUUGCGUAAAGUUUGUUGCUUUGUUUGGGUUUCUGCGGCAAUAUCAAGGGUUUUGUGAUUUUUUUUUGGUAAGAGUAUGGAAGGACCUUUUUUUUUGGUUGAUUUGUUUGGAAUAAGGAGCAAAUUUGGGGUUUAGGAUUGGUUGACAAUCAGUGAAACCUUAGGAGUCAAGGAAAGAAAGCAAAGUUCAUUCUUUUGGAAGUCUGGGUUUUACGAUGAGUGAGAAAGAAGAUAAUGGGGAAUCGGAGCAAGAGUGUCCUGAGCCCUCUACAGAUGCGCAGGUUGAUGCAGGAGUCAAGGAGGAGGAUUUUCCAUCUCUAGUUAUGGAUCCUGUCGUUGAGCAGAACCCUCCAGAGCAAGCAGAGGAUGAUCCUGUCAAUAAUUCGGAACCUGGAGGUGUACCAACAUCAGAGCAUGUUCCUGUUAUUGAUGAACCUAUUAAGAAAGAUACUGGGAUGCCACCUGAGUUGGAUAAUGCUGCUAAAGAACCUACAUUGAAUAGUUCUGCUAAAGAAUCGUCACCGGAGUUGAAUAAUGCUGUUGAAGAACCUACAUUGGAUAGUGCUGCUGAAGAUUCUGCAUUGGAGUUGAAUAAUGCUGUUGAAGAACAUAGAUUGAAUAAUGCUGCUGAAGAACCUACAUUGGAUAAUGCUGCUAACGAAACCCCAUCAGAUAAUGCUGCUAAAGAAACUUUAUUUGACAAUGUUGCUAAAGAAAUUGCCUCAAAUGAAAUUUCUGAAGACCCAGCCUCGGAAAAUAUUGCUGAAGACUUGGUUUUGAACAAAAUUCUCGAAGAGCCUACCUCAAACCAUAUCUGUGAAGAGACUGCCUCAAACCUUAUCACUAAAGAACCUGCCUCAAACCAUUUUGCUGACGAGCCUCCCUCAAACCAUAUCUCCAAAGAGCUUGUCUCAAACCAUAUUGCUGGAGAGCCUGCCUCAGACCAGAGAUCCAAAGAGCCUGCCUUAAACCAUAUUGCUGAAGAGCCUGCCUCAAAAAAUAUUCCCAAAGAUCCAACCUCACAUGAUAUUGCUGAAAAUCCUUCCUCAAACAAUAUUGCUGAAGAUCUGGCCUCAAAUGAUGUUGUGGAAGGCCCUGUCUCACGUAAUUAUCCUCAAGAUCCUUUGUUGGAUAAUGUUGGCACAGAUUCUCUUGACGCAGACGCUGAUCUAAUAAACCAGCAGGAGAAUGUAGUUGAUCAAGAUCCUCCUCUGGAUGUAAAUGCUGGGAAGGAGAUUGAGUUAGCAGAGACAAAGGUGGAGAAUGGUGGAGGACCUAAAGAACAAGAUACAAAGGCUACCAAGUUUGAUGAUAAUUUCUUUGUAGAUUCUGCAAUGAAGGAAGAAAGGGAAGGAGAUUAUCCUUCUCAUGAGGAUGGUCAUAGUCAGUCUUUUCUAUUUGACUAUACAGAGGGCGAAGAAUCUGGCACUGAAGAAGACCAGGCCGCAUUCAUGAAAGAGCUAGAAAAUUUUCACAAGGAUAAGAGUCUUGAGUUCAAACCACCCAAAUUUUAUGGGGAGGGUUUGAAUUGCCUCAAGUUGUGGAGAGCAGUUACAAGACUGGGCGGCUAUGACCAGGUCACAUCAUGCAAGCUGUGGCGGCAAGUGGGAGAGUCAUUCAGGCCUCCAAAGACAUGUACCACAGUCUCAUGGUCAUUCCGAAUCUUUUAUGAAAAGGCUCUGUUAGAGUAUGAAAAACAUAAAAUUCGCACAGGCGAGCUCCAAGUUCCCAUAGCGUCUUUGCCAGAGCCUAUGGCCCUUGAUCAUCAGGUGGGUGGCAAUCAAGCAUCAGGCUCAGGAAGAGCAAGAAGGGAUGCUGCUGCUCGGGCCAUGCAAGGUUGGCACUCUCAGCGGCUACUUGGAAAUGGUGAGGUCGGGGAUCCUAUCAUCAAGGAUAAGAGCUCUGUUUCUCUCCUGAAACAGAACAAGCAUCUUAAAACCGUGGGUCUUCUUAAGAGGAAGAAAGCAUCUAGCAUGGAACAUGCAGCAGUCAAAGUUGCACGGACGAAAAUUGCUAAGCCACAAACGGACACUAUGGUUGUUGAUGUCGGGGCCCCAGCUGAUUGGGUGAAAAUUAAUGUUCGAAGAACUAAAGAUUGCUUUGAAGUUUAUGCUCUGGUCCCUGGUCUAUUACGUGAGGAGGUACAUGUUCAGUCAGAUCCGGCCGGACGUUUGGUUAUAUCCGGGGAGCCAGAGCAACCUGAUAACCCUUGGGGUGUUACUCCCUUCAAAAAGGUCGUCACCUUGCCAUCACGCAUUGAUCCGCAUCAAACAUCAGCUGUUGUCACUCUUCAUGGCCAGCUUUUUGUUCGAGCCCCCUUUGAGCAGUCAGAGUCAUAGUAGACACAUUUCAAGUUUUCACUAGUGUGAGUAGAUGACAUCAUACUUGUGUCGAUAACCAUGCUACGUGCUUUUAGAUCUUAAGAAUCUUAGAAGAAAGCUAAUGCUCGGCGGUGUAUGUUGAUCUUUGACGGGUUAUUUGGGAGUAGAAGUGUCACAGUGAGUUGUCGUUACAUUUAUUUGAUCUUGAUGGUGUAUGUUAUCUUUCUUGAAGUAGAUUGUGUAGGGAUUGGAACGUCCUUCAGUAAAAAUUAGCUGCGUUUUUAACUUGAAAGGAUGAUUUCUGUAAAUUGAGCAGACAAAUACUUGAGUAAAAAAAAAUGACAAAAAUAAAAAUCACUUGACCGUCUCGUUGAUUAUUUA